UCCCUGCUGAUGCAGAACCGCUUGCGAGGGUCCCGCCUGAAUAUAGUGAUAGUGGCGGAGGGGGCGAUAGACCGUCGUGGAGAACACAUCUCCUCCCAGCGUGUUAAGGACAAUCGUGCUGAUAAGAAAAGGCUAAAUAUCAUCAUAGUAGCUGAAGGUGCGAUUGACUCCUCCAACAAGCCCAUCUCUGCUGAGUAUGUCAAAGACCUGGUGGUUAACCGUCUGGGUUAUGACACACGGGUCACCAUAUUGGGUCACGUCCAGAGAGGAGGAACCCCCUCAGCCUUCGACAGGAUACUGGCUAGCCGUAUGGGGGUGGAGGCGGUACUGGCACUGUUAGAGGCGUCUCCUGGGACGCCGGCGUGCGUCGUGUCUUUGUGUGGAAAUCAGGCCGUCAGGCUGCCCCUCAUGGAGUGCGUUCAGAUGACACAGGAUGUGCAGAAGGCCAUGGAUGAGAAGAGAUUUGAUGAUGCUGUACGACUGAGGGGCAGGUAG